CAGAAUACCAAGGUCGUGUUUACUUUUUAGAUAAUGUCAAAAUUAUUCAACAAUUUGUAAGUUCAUGCUGAAAACAACUGCAAUGCAACAAUAAUUUAGCUAAACAGUUAAAAGCGGAAUAUAUAAAACAUACAAGUUUCGUUUUCACGAUCGUUUAGUAUGUGGAAAAUUAGUAAAAUUGAUUCUGUUGGAGAAAAAGACUCAAUAUUUCACGAACUAAUAGAUGAGUGUAAACGUUGCAGUCCAGGUGCAAGAUUAUCAUUUCAGCUUAGAAACAGAUUAGAAAAACUAUCGCCAGAAGUUCGACAGGAAAUUGUCAAUCGAGUAAAAGUGGGAUGUUCUCCCUUGUUCAUUGCAUGCAAAAAAGGUCAAGUUGAAAUUGUUGAGUAUUUGAUAUCUGUUUGUGGUGCUGAUGUAGAGCAAAAGGGUAUUUAUGAAGUUCAAGAAGAUAGGUCUACCCAUGUCGUUACACCUCUCUGGUGUGCAGCAGUUUCAGGCAAACUUAGUGUAGUUCAAGUACUCUUAAAAAAUGGAGCAGAUGUUAAUGCAGUAUCAGAUAGUGGUUCAACCCCUGUAAGGUCUGCAUGUUUUAUGACUCAUUUUGAAAUUGUUAAAUAUUUGGUUGAGUGUGGUGCAAAGAUCAAUUUGUCCAACUACAAUGGUGGAACUUGCUUGAUUAACUCUGUCCAAAGUGCAGUUCUCUCUGAAUUUUUGUUGCAACAUGGUGCUGAUGUAAAUGCAAAAGAUGUUCAAAACAAGACUGCUUUGCAUUACGCAAUUCAAGAACAUAGAUUGGAAACAACAAAGCUCUUAUUAAAAUAUGGAGCUGAUUAUAAUGCAAAAUCAACUUAUGGAGAUGAUGCUUUACAAAUGGCCUGUCUCAAAGGUGCCAAUCGUAUAUUCGAUUUUCUUACAUUACACUUCAGUUAUUCCCCCGAAAGAUUAGCAAAUGCCCAUGAAUUGAUUGGCACAACUUUCCUUGACGAGCACAAUGAUAUUAGUGUAGCAAUAUUUCAUUGGAAAGAAGCACUAAUCAUCAGGCAAAAUCAUGGUUUAUUUCCCAAGCAGCCAGUAAUUCCUCCACAUGAAGCAUACAGGUAUCAAACUGAAUUUCAAACAAUGGAAGAACUGGAAUUGUUAUCAGUCGAUUUAGAUUUAUUAAAAAUUCAAAGUUUAUUGAUGGCUGAAAGAAUUUUAGGAACCUAUCAUAAAGAUACAAUCUUUAGAUUAAUGUUUAGAGGAGCUUCAUAUGCUGAUACAAUGAGAUAUCAACGAUGUAUUGAAUUGUGGCUGCGUGCUCUAGAAAUCAGAAUUGAUAAAGAUACAAUUCUAUAUACUGAUACUUCGUUCACUGCUCAGGCAGUAGUAAGAAUGAUGAUUGACCUUAAUAUAAAAUCGGAACUGAACACGCUAAAUAAUACCAAACAAAGGUUCCAUUACAGUGUGUGGGCCUACAAGCUAUUGACUAAAAAUAUUUCAGAAAUGCGGCAGUUAUUGACAAUCAAACCACAGUAUAAACGACAACUUGAGUAUUUCGACAAAAUUCCCAAGUGCAUCACUCAUUUGAUAUAUUUAAUGAUAAAAACCGUGUCGCGCGAGGAAGAUGCGGCAUUGAUUACAGAAUUGGUAACUGAUAUAGUAAAACAAAAUAUCAAAUGUAUCAUGGUGGAUGAUACCUUAUUGCAUUUAUGCGUUUCCAGACUGAAUACAAUUAGAUCGAGCUAUUUUAUUACGGAAGAACCGAUUAUGAUAUUUCCCGAGGAGAAUGUUGUAAAAAUGUUGUUGGAAUGUGGAUCGUCUGUUAAUGCCAAAAAUGAACUAGGCUGGACACCAUUACAUGUCGCAACAAUUCCUUAUAAUUAUUCUAAUUCAUUAGCGAAACUUUUGCUGAGUUAUGGAGCUCACAUUGAUCAACCAAAUUUUGCUGGUCGAAGUCCAUUUGAUACAAUUCAAGAACUAGAAGAUCGUUCAGACAUUCAUGUUUUGGAUUAUAUAAAUUUGAAAUGCCUAUGUGCCCAGAUUAUCACGAAACGUAAAAUUGCUUAUAAGAACCAAAUUCCCAAAACUUUGGAAAAUUUUGUAAACCUUCAUAACUCGUAAUAUUGACGUGCUAGAAGUAUUUUUCUUAAAGUAUUACUAUAAACUGAUUACCUCUUGUUAAAAAUACUAUUUUUCCUACCGCUAAUCAAUUUUUAUUAUAUCGUAAUUAUGAAGCAAAUUGAAAAUUCAAAGGUGAAAUUUUAUAAUAAUUUUGCUGUACAAACUGGGAAAAGGUCACGUUUAGGAAGUUAGCAUUACAACUUGCAAAUUUGUAAUGGUAUGCAAUAAUUACUGUUUUUUGACGUGAAGUUGUCUAAAAGAAAAAAAAUGUUUGCGCCGCGUUUCUUAAAAAACACCUUGGUAAUGCUAAUUUCAUAUACAGAAAAUUGGCAUUUCCAUCCUGAAAAGUUUCGCUUUUUACAAAUUUUUCUUAUGCAUUAGGGGUAAUUUUGUUGUCGUAAAUUCGAAGUAAAAGAAAAAAAAAACAAAAGACUUCAUAUCGAAGGAAAAAUAGAAAAAAUAAUCGUUGCGAUUUUCUUUGCUACAAUAGCUACUAAAAAUUCCAAUUCUUCUAGGUUGUAAGGAAAUAGUUCUACAAAGUAGUUGAUAAUUCCACUCUGACUGAGUCACAAAUUCACACUUUUAUUGUCGUAUCCACAAACUUUUAUUUGCAAACAAAAAAUAACUUAAACAAUAACCAACUUUAAGAAGUAUUUUUUUUAUAUAUCGAUCGAUGUCGACCAGGCAUGCGCGGAAGUUUGCUACAAUGCUCUCUAGAUGGCGGUUACUGAUGAUUCGUUCCACAAGUAUCGCUACUCUUCACUGCCUCACUGCCUUCUUAAAAUCGCUUGCUCUGCUUUUAUUAACUAAGAAUUAAUUGGAUUGUAUAUUUUUUAAUUGUAUUCGUUCGACAGAUUUAAACUAAUCAAAACUAACUGUUCCAAAAGUUCGCAAAAGUUUGUUGCUCACCAUUUCUUAAUCUUGUAAUGUAGUAUAUUGCAUAUUCUUAUUUAAUAGAUUUGUUAUUGAAUACACUAUCACUGUUCAUGUUUUGUGGUACAAUGUGUUAUGACAAUGUAUAGAAAAUAGGAAAUUUCGGACAACUUUAAGCGAUAUUUGGAAUGGAUACAUUAGAAAAUUACAUGGGGUAAAUUUUAAAAUGUGCAGUUAUGGGACUAGCAUAUCUUGUUUAUCGCAGAAUUUAGUAAGCAUCUAAGAUUUUUGCUUCUUGUUAUUAAUUAAUUGAAAUCGAAUGUAAACAAAACAACCCGAGUCAUAGCAAUAGACACAUAACCAGUAUUGUUAGUAAGUUUUGUGUCAAUCAUGUACCAUGUACCAAAUACGUAACCAAAAUAGAUUUUUGAGGCGUAUUUAUCGAAAUUAACGUGACAUAUAUGCAACAGACAUGUUCCGAUCAUUUGGCUAACUUCGGUUAUUUGAUUCUCUUUUAUCCGAUUUGGACCCAACACCCGGCAUAAACCCUUGAAAAUUAGCAAGUAGUGAUGCUAAUUUCCUACACCUAUCUAUCUAACGUUUACCUUGUGCGUAAUUUGAACUUUCUUAAGAUGUUAUUGAUAAAUUUAGUUAUUAUAUGAUAUUCAUUAUCUAGAAGAUUCAAUUUGAUUUUAAAACGAUACCAUUAAAAACGCUUGCCAUACUAACCCCAACAAUUAUGAAAAACAAUAAAUUAUGUUUCUAAACAACUUGGAAAAUAUAUAACAAAAUUAUGAAUUGAUAGAGGAUCAGCGCACAUUUGUAUAUAUAAACGUUUACUAUAAUAAAAUUUCGCUUCUGGCAGGGUGGGUCACGUUAUUUCUGAUUGCAAUAUAUUCCGUUUAAGUUUGGUAAUAAAUUUGUUUUUAUUAAUUAAUUUCUUUUCUUUUUUGUUAUAAUCGUAUUGUUUUAAUAAAGAAACCAAAAGUGCGGGCGAU